GAACCAUUCUCUUCAAGAAACGUCUUUAUCACAGAAUGCUGUCUUAUGGCAGCUCGUCCUCGAUACAUCCCUUUGCGUCUUUACAACGUUGAGACACAGUACGAUGGUACAAGAUCAAUGUUUAUGAGUGCAAACUGGGGACUCAUUGCAGAUAUUGAUCUUGGUAGUGAACGUUUUCGAUGGGCAGGAAUGAUACGACUACACAUAGAGGCUGUUUUAAGAAUAGCAGAGUUACCUCGUGUGGCGACAUAUAGAGCUCGCAUUUCCUAUAUUCCUGCUCAGUGUAAAGCUACGUCAAGAAAUACUAUGUUAAGGUUUAAUUGCGACAGGAAAUUGUUUGGUGCGGGACACUUUGUUUACAAUGAGGUGGACCAGGUAAAUCAUAAAGAAUUUGGCUUUCCAUUGCUAUAA